AUGCUCAAUCAAGCUUUACGUACGAUGGAUAUUGAUCAGAUCAUGAAGUUAGGCUUCUUCGUCAAGGACCUCCAUUUGAAUAUAGUAAAAUUAUACUCUCAACAAAAUGAUGGAGCUCGGCGCAUCUUGCCUUUUACUGUCUAUCGCGGUCAAGGUCUUUCUCCUGCAGAUUUUAGUCAACUAAUGAAAACAAGAGGUGGAUUAAUGUCGUUCAACAAUUUUUUGUCGACAAGUCUUGAUCAGGCAAUAUCAUUCGCUUUUGCUGAAAGCAAUCACUAUAAUCCUGAUUUAAUAGGUAUUCUAUUUCAAAUACUUGUCGAUCCAUCAAUCUCGUCCACUCCAUUUGCCAGCAUCGAUGAGAGUAGUCAACAUAGAGUUGAAAAAGAAAUUCUUUUUACUAUGCAUACCGUAUUUCGCGUUGGGGAUGUACAACGAAUUCAUGAGAAUAAUCGACUCUGGAAGGUGGAAUUGAUACUAACCAGCGAUACAGAUUCGCAGCUUGAAACGUUGACGGAAUGCAUGCGAAAACAAACCCAUUCUUUGUACACCGGGUGGCACAGACUUGGUAAACUUCUCCUUAAAUUGUCUGAUUAUGUUGCAGCCGAAAAACUAUAUGAAACAUUGCUCGAGCGCGCAUCAGAUGAUCGUGAUGAAUUAUAUAUCCACAGUCGUCGUGGACAAAUCAGAGAAGCACAAGGGAGAUAUGACGAUGCAUUAACAUGUUAUCAGAAAUCGCUUCAAAUCGCGAAGAAAAAUUCUGAGUAUCAUUUUGAGUUAUCUUCUAUUUAUAAUGAUAUUGGUAUAUUGUAUCUAAAGAUGAAGAAAAACUCGUACGCACUGAUAACUUUCAAGAAAGCACUUGAGUUUGCCCAGAAAAUCUAUUCUCUAAAUCAUCUCACAUUGGCUAGUUAUUACAAUAAUAUUGCUUGUGCGUAUCAACAAAUGGGUAGAGAUCGAGAUGCAAUGCCAUGGUAUAAAAUGGCACUUGAAAUUCAAGAAAAAGAACUCCCGCCAAAUCAUCCCGAUCUGGCUCUUACGUAUAAUAACAUCAGUAGACUGAAUGCUUCUGUGGGUAACUACACUGUAGCUCUUUUCUAUGCUGAAAAAGCGCUCGCCAUAAAUGUAAAAGUACUUCCUCCGCAUCAUGAUCUUCUCUAUCUGUCUUACGAGAGAAUGGGUUCCAUAUACGAACGCCGUGGCGAAGAUGCAAAAGCGCUGUUAUUCUAUCAGAAAGCCAUUGAGAUAUGCNUACAGCUUCUUCACAUCGAUACCUUUUGA